AUGAGGAGCUCGGGGCCGACCGCCGUGCUCGGGCCGAUGAGGGGCUCGGGGCCGAUCGCCGCGCUCGGGCCGAUGCCGGAUGCCGAGCCGAGCUACCGAGGGCAAGCCCGAGGAACGAGUUUUACAACCUACAAAGCAACAACCGUGCACGGCAAUCCAAUUCUACAACAACAAAGGCAAAACAACAAGCAGCUAGAGUUGGCAGGGAAGGCUCGACACGGCGCCGGUUCCGGCGGUGUAGGAAAGCCGCCGGCGUACCCCUCCCCCGCGCCUCAGUACAGCCCUCCACGACAAGAUGCGGUCGCAUCACAAGGUGUUGCGGAAGCCUCAUCGACAUCUGCCCCUCCCCUUCGGAGCGCCAUCCCAGCUAUAGCCGAAGCACCGAUGGACCUCGACGAGGAUGCCCCUCCUGCGCCUGCUGCGCCACAGGCUGCGUCGUCCAUUACUCCCAUUGCCACAGAUGGGCCAGAAGAACAUCGCGGGCCUGUCGUAUUGGCAGCGCCACCUUCCAAUCAGUCGCCGUCGGACGCACGACCAACAGCGCGGAGCUCAAACAUCGAUGGCGGCGCAGCUUUGUCCGUCAUUCAGGAAGACGUUGCGAUGGCUGAUGUCAGUAAUGUGCCAGAGGGUGCUAGGAAGCGCCGCAGGCGAUCUGCCGCCGGCGAAAACUUGCACCCUUCGCCUCAGUCUGGGGAUGGUGCUAGUGGCACCGCACCGCCGCGCAAGUGUCCCCGCCGCCAAGAUGCCUCAGCCUCUGGGAAGCAAACAGCCGCCGCAGAUAACGCCGCAACAGGGCGCGCGCACGCCGGUGAUGCUCCGCCCCCGAUAAAUGGUGCUUCUACCACGACGCCUUCACUUGUUCCCGACAUUUCAUUCUCGCACGAGAGCGAACAUGGAUCACAGGCGCCCUCUGAGCCGCUGUCGCGCUCGCUGUCGUCGCAAGCUUCGCAAUCUGGCGCAUCUACUGAGGUGUCCCGGACUGCCACGCCCUCGUUCGCUCCGAUUCCCGCGGAGGAAGUCCGCAGUGCGCCGGCUCCGGGUGCUGUCGAUAAGGGCAAGGGCAAAGCGCCAGCUCGGACGAAGGUUUCAGGCGGACAGCAGCGCAACAGCUCCGUUCCACGAAACCGCGGCGUGGAGUUUCACAGUCCUGUCCCUGGGACGCGCCCUGUGCCUCAAACCGGCUCAGAUCGGUUUCGUGCUCGACCCUGGCCAGUGGUUCCUGAUGUAGAUAUGCGUAUCGACGGUGAGGGCGCUCGCGACACCCUGAGCGCUGUUGGUCGAAUCACCUAUCCACAAGGCGGUCCGCCUCCCAUGUCGACCCUGAAUUUGUCCGGAGACAUCUUCCUCGCCAACCACGUCGAACGAGCGCUCUGCCACGAGAUGCGUGAUACAAUCAAUCACCAUCGCGACUGGUUACUAGGACGGUACGAGCCAGAGCAUGUUGCUCCUCGCCAUCGCGAGAUCAUGCAGGCUCUGCGCGAGUUGAAAGACGUGGUCGCCUCAGGGAGCAGCGCGCACGUCUCUGCGACGACUGCGACUCGCGAGGCACGCCCUGGUGCCGCAGCCACUACGCUCCAUCCCUCGCUUGCGCCUUCCGGGGUGCCUCCGGUCCAGGGUGGCGGUCAUCAGCGCGGCGCUUUUGUCUCGCCGAUCGCCGCUAGUUCUCUCGGGGCAGAAGUGGCCUCGCAGUCUUCAUCCUCCGGCCUUUCCGAAUCCGGGUUGAGGGAGAUACUGGCAAGCUCUCUGGCCCCCUUCCACGACAUGGCUGGCAACGUCCAGGACCUCACGCGGCGAUUUGCAGAGUUGGAGCCUAUCACUGGACGCGUCAACGACAUGUCCAUGCACAUGGAUACGAUGACAGGCCAAGUUGAGAUCUUGGGAACGGACAUGCGGUCGCUGGUGGCUCGCGUGAAACGUCUCGAGGAUGUCGGCCCUCUGGCGCGGAACUUGAGAGCGGUGUCUGAAUACCAAGACCGGGUAGGUGAGGCGCCAGCCGCGAUGCUCGUCUUGCGCGACGGACUCUCAGGAUCUGCGGCGAGAGUGUGCGGUCCUGCGAACAUCAUUGCACCGCCAGUAGUGACGCCCUCCCGCGAGCUCAACGAAGUGGCGACAGCCGCCUCUCCCACCGCCGCGUCGCGAGCCCCUUCGAUUCAACGACGUACGUCAAACCAGGCGCCCACGUUGCCUACGUCGCCGGCUCCGGCGACCUCACGCCAUGACACACCCCAGGCGCAUGCUGCCACCGCUGGCGAUCGAGAUACUCCUCCCAGGCCGCCUGAGCAACCCCCCGCGGAGGCGUCAACGCCGCGGCCGUCAGUUUCGCCAGGAGCGCGAGCCGUUGUGGCUGUCGAUACCGUGACUUCUCAGGCGCACAAGACGCCGGAAUUGGACUCGCCUCUUACCACAAACCCGUCUUCUGGGAAUGUGUCGGCUGCAAACUCAGACAGAGGUGUCGAUGCGCCUCCUUCCCAAGCUCCUGCCGCUACUUCACCGCAUCCGUCUGGCAACGCCACCGACGUGGAAGAGGGCUCUAGCGACGAGGACGUCCCGCUGGAGACUGGCGAGGACUGGGCGUUAACUCAGUCCGCUCAGCGCCGCGCGGCCGACCGCGAGGGCUCAGCUCCUCACCGAGUGUCGCAGACACACGUUGGCGAGAUGAGUUCCGGGGAUGAGGAUGCCGACGGUAGCUCUGACGACGAGCAACCCGCUCCUGGUCCUGCAACUGCCUCGCCUCAGAAGGGUGGACGCACCGGUCGAGGUCGCGGUGCCGGCUCCCGUCCUCCGCCUGCCGAUGCCGCUGCAGGGCGUCGCUUUGGUCUCCGCAAUCGUCAAGCUCGUUCGGGCUGA